AACUUUCAUAGGAAAGCUGACGCUGCAAGCUACAACAUAUCUGAUUUUCAGAUCGUUUCACCGAUUGGAGUUUUGGAUAUAGCUUUUCGAAGGUCGCGAGUUUUCUGGGCGUCAUAACGAAGUGCUGCAGAAAUUUCCAAGGAGCCAUUGAAUCAUCUGCUUAUAGCCUUCUCUAACCAACAAGUGCAGGAACAGGCUCAAGGCGAAGAUACAGUGCUGUUCUUGGGUGAUGACCAAGAGUCAGAUGACGAGGAGCCUGCAUACUGCUUUUACGCACCAAUACAACCUCCGAGCAUGGAUCAUGCGCUAGCUUGGCCUCAACGGGGGAAGUGGCUCGUUUCAAGAGAUGCAGAGUACAACAGCCAGAUGGAGAAUCACAUAUGGGACCUGGUGUACUUGCCAAAUGGGAAGAAGGCAAUACAGUGCAAGUGGCUGGCAAAAAUCAAGACGGAUGAGAAAGGAGAGCCAUCCGUUUACAAGAGCAGGCUGGUGGCAAAGGGGUUUCAGCAGAAAGAGAAAGAAGAUUACAAAGAAGUGUUUGCCCCAACUGCUAAGUCUCCAACGCUACGUGUGCUGCUGGCGGUAGCUGCUGUGCGCAAAUGGAAGGUGAAGCAGAUGGACAUCGUAACCGCUUUUCUCAAGGGAGCCAUUGCCAUGGCACGCAAUGCAGUUCUUCAUGGGUUGAACAAGCACGUGAAGAUCAAGUGGCAUUGGCUGCGGAAGGAGGUGAAGCUUGGGACACUGGAUCCGAUCUACGUGAAAACUCAGCAACAGCCAGCCGACUUCCUUACCAAGCGGCUAGCUGAAGAGCCACACUGGCACUGUGCGAGGAUGGCGGGAAUGUCCUUGAACUAGAGACGGCGAAACAAGCCGACAGUCUGAGGGGGAGUGUGUUGAUGCAUAUUCGUU